ACAAAUAGAAAUUGAACAGUUAAUUUAGUUGCCCUCCGAAAAUUUGUUGGCAAACACGUCUAUAUGUUCAACGGCAGCACGUUGCUACACGCGCCGACUCAAUUCCGUGGCAUUACCGGCCCCGUCCGUCAUCCAGCGCCGUCAAAACUCGCCGGAGGUCACUUUCCGAUGGCAUCUUCCGUCCGAAUCGUUGUCGUCGGCGACGUCCAUGAUGAUUGGAACCUUGAAGAAGAUAGGAAGGCUCUUCAACUCUUGAAGCCAGAUUUGGUGCUCUUUACAGGGGAUUUUGGGAAUGAAAAUGUGGAUCUAGUCCGAAGCAUUGCAGAUCUAGAGAUCACCAAAGCUGUUAUUCUAGGGAACCAUGACGCAUGGAAUACUCAAAAGUUCUCUGGGAAUGUGUGCUGUUCAAUUUGUAGGGAAAAAGAUGCUGUUCAACUUCAGCUGGAAUGUCUUGGUGAUGAGCAUGUUGGUUACCGUCGGAUGGAUCUCCCAACACUAAAACUCAGUAUUGUUGGUGGACGACCUUUUUCUUGUGGUGGUAGGCCCUUAUUUCGGAAACAGCUUCUUAAAGCAAGGUAUGGAGUCCGUGAUAUGGAUGGAAGUGCUGAGAGAAUCUUACAAGCUGCCAUGGGCACUCCAGAGGAUCAUUCAAUUAUAUUCCUUGCUCAUAAUGGUCCAACAGGGCUAGGUGCUAACGUGGAUGACAUCUGCGGAAGAGACUGGUUUAUUGAUGGGGGUGACCAUGGUGACCCAGAUCUAGCACAAGCCUUAGCCAAAUUAAAAGAGGCUUCUCCAUAUUCGGUCCCUUUGGUCAUUUUCGGUCACAUGCACAAAGAGCUUGCUUCUGGAAAUGGCCUUCGCAAAAUGAUAGUGGUUGGAAAUGAUAAUAUCAUAUACUUGAACGGAGCUAUUGUUCCACGAGUCAGACCCUCAUCUUUGACAGCAGAAUCUGAAGGAACAUCACGAGCGUUCACCAUAGCAGAAAUUUCAAACGGAAGAGUGGAGAAGAUAGCAGAAACCUGGAUUUCUGUUAUUGGAGACGAAACAAGAUUAGAGGAGGAACAUAUACUGUUUAGCAGUCCAAACAGAGGUUCACUCCAUGCAUCUCUUUUGUAAUAUAUUAUUUGAGGAACAAAUGUCACUUAAAUUGGUAUUCAAAAGUAACUUAAUAUUAUGUAAAUAUAUGAUCAUUAUUUAUGACUUUGUUUGCAUUGAGAUUUUAA